CCCGUUCCUCCCGCAGCAACGCUGCAGGCUCGAGGCCUUUCAGGCCCCUCCGACCUCGCAGCCGGGCUGCGGCGGUCUCGGCUGCUACCGUGGUGCCUCGUCCUCCGUCCCCCAGCCCUGUUCGGUAACCAGUGGGUAGGGAAGGAAAGUCCCGAGCUGGUAGUAGUCUGAGCCUUUGUUAUACUCUCUCCAAAGCUGCAUUGCAGUUCACUUCUGGUGAAUUACUUUGUAAACUGAGUUCCGAUUCGCUAUUCCUCGCACUUGCUUGUAAUAUAUUAACUCUACUUCUUGAUGUAGUAGCAGCAUUGCAUCCAGGUGGCUUGGUCUCAAUUUAAUUUAAACGUGACUGCAAUACUCGAAGGGUUAAACCUUAAACUGAACGCUCGCGGUGCUAGGGCGAUAUCUUUGUGUUGUGAAACUUGCAGUAGAUGUUCUCUUAAACUGCAUAGUUGCUACAAGACGUUACUGUUACUGUCUGGAUGGAAUUUUACUAAUAUCGCAGUAGAUGACUUGCUAAGCUUCACGUUUGUAAUGUACAUCUGCAAUACAGAUUGCCUAUAGUUGGCUUUUUUAGUGAAUCAGUCAUGUUUUCCUUUUAGGUCUUUUAAUUUUUACUGCACGGGUUAAUACUGUGUUUGGGGAUAUUUUUUCAGCAUAAGCCUGUAAGUUUUUAACUUAGUGCAGCAUCAGAGUCAGUUCUUGGGGUAAUAGUUUAAAUUUUAAACCUUCACUGGAGUCGGCAAAAUUACAGGGAAUCUAAUAAUUCUUAGCACAAAAUUGCAGUGUCCUUCUUUGAAAAUGGCUUUUUCUUAUUCAGAUUCACUAGAAUAAGCUUUUAUAGUGUUUUUAUACUAGGUAGGUUAGGUUAGAAAAAUUUGGUCUCCAGGAAGCUAAAAAUGCUAGAUGGAAAUGAGCGCUGAAAGACUGGGAUUAAAGAAUAAACUUGUAGUACCCCCAUUGUUACCUUUUCAUUGAGGUCUUCAUGUCACUCUUACCGCUAGUAUAUUUUUAGUGAGGGAGUAUUACUUCUGACUUUCUGUGUGUAGUUAGUCUCUUAAAAAGUUGAUUUAAUUGCUAUUGUGCAAGUCAGACUGAAAAACAGUUUAAGACUGCAGCCUAACUUUAGUUGCCGGGAUAACCUGUGUUGUAUUUUCAAUCAGAAUGAGUGGAAAUGUUUAAACCUUUAUAGUAAAAUCCUUUUGAAACAUAAUUGUGCAGGGUAUGAUAGGGCAGCAAUUACUGUCCCACCUGCUUUUCUAUUUUAUCUUUCCUGUACUUCUAUUAAAAAAAAAAAUAAAAAAAAAUCAUGUGCAGGCAGUCUUCACCAAGGCUUGAAAUGAGCUAUGCCUGAACUUUUGUGAUUAGUAAAUAGGUAAGUUGUAGGCAAUGUACAUGUUUGUAAAUCUGAAAUAUAAAAUCAGAGCUACAAGCCUGCUAUUUCAGACUAGAUCAGGGAGUGGCUUUUUGAAUGCUGUUGCCAGUGUUAUUUAUGACAUUUUUGCUUACUUAAGGCUUAUAUUUUACGGAGUCAAUGGCUUUCUACUUUUUCAAGCUGGAACUGCUAAAGUCUCUGCGGAGUAAAAACAGUGUUUGGAUAAAUAAUCUAGGAUAUGAGUUUACAACUGUCUGUUAAGCUGUUCCAAGUCCAUGCUGCCAACAAGAAUUGUGCUCCUGAAAAUGUGUUCCUGCUUUCUCCCUAGUACUAGUGUUUGAGUAGUCAGUCAGAUCUGGGAAUUAAAUCAGCUGAAAUUUUUUUUCUGAUUCCAUUUUCAGCUGUAUUGGUUUUGCAGGCUAGACUUGAUUGUGUAGCCACGAGUCCUUAUGUCAUCAUUGGGGAUGAAGAAGAAAUACCAGGUGCUUUCGCAAGUAAUGAGACUUACUGUUUCGGCAGCAACACAAACUUCAGCUGGUUUAUGUCACAGUUAAAAAAUCACCAGUCAGCUCUCUUUUACAGUUUACACUCCAUAGUGGGAUUAAACUCUGGAAGCUUUUUUUAACUGAAGAGACUGUAAAUUAUUAAAUGUUACCAGUACGUCAAAUAGUGGAAUACACUUCAGGUGCUGUCAGUAUGCUGCAACUGCUACAUUUUCCCAAGUCACUUUUGUUUUCAUUCACUGAAAUUGUACUCACUGAAGUGUAUGUGAUUCAGGCAUGGAAGGGUUGGAAAGAAGAGUAGUUAAAAGAAAAAACACUGAGUCUCAUCCUGUGAAUUAAUUAAUAGUGAUAACUUGGUAUGGGUCUGAUCAGAAACUAUUUAAUACAGUAGGGUAAUUUUUUAUCAGAGUAACUGUUAGAAGGGUAUAAAGGCUCAAUUUAUAGUUCUACUUGCAAGGUACUUAACAUGUAUAUUUAAAAAAAUGUGGAUUUUAUUACUAAAUUGUGGAAGAAGGUCUAAGGAAGCAGUUUGAGGAGGUUAGAAACAAUCUGAUAGCUUGAUGCCACCAAAAGGUUCCAUGUUCCUCUUUCAUCAGCUGGCACUUGAUCUGACUUCUUGGUAGGCUGAUUCAGUACCCUAAACUGUCAAAAGAUAGUUUGAGUUUUGCUGAUGUUUCCUACCAGCUUGGUGCCCUGAAUGGGCCCACAGGGUCAGCAAGUGGCAGAGGGAGUGGGAGGAAGCUGGGCUUCUGUGCUCAUGGUCCGUUAGCUUGUUUUUUCAAAACACAUUUUUGUCUUUUUGGUGGAGUUUGGAAGCUGUUGUGGAAAGGGGUUGUUCUGCUUCCCCUUGGAGUGGACUACCACCCUCACCCCCAGCAGUGAUCGUGUGCUUCAGGGGAAGGAGGGAAAAGCUAUUUUCCUGUUGGCUCCGUAACUAAUUUAUCAAUAGAGAGGUUGAAGGAGUGUGAAGUUAGCACGAUUACACCUCGAAGAAAUCUGACUGCAGGUUUGAUAAUGUGUAAUGUGAGGCUGCACCCUUCUUUAGGAAAAUAAGUGGAAAUACAUAGGCUUAUUGACAUUUAGGAUUUAAAAAAUGCUAAUAAUUAUAUUUCCAAGAAUCUUACAUUAAGUAACUGAAAUUUGUAGCUUGUAUUCCUGUGAGGAAAGGCAGGAUCUCAUAAAUGCAGAGAGCACGUGGUUCUCACAGACCUUACAGCCACUUCUGUGCAUGGAAACCUUUUUUUGUCUACUGCACCCCAAAUAAUCCUGCUCUUGUAACACUCCUUGUUUAUAGAGUGGAUAACCGUAACACAUCUUUAUGAGUGUGCUUAGAGGUGUUAAAAAUACAAUUCCUACAGUAUUACGCAUUGUUCUUAAUAUGCUUAAAGUAUGGAAAUAAUAAUUUGGAAACCACAAGCCUGGACUUCAGGGCUUCCACCUGAAUUCCAGUAAUGCCUGAUGAAGAGGAAGAACUGUUGGUAAGGAUCAAGGCAUCUGGUGGUUUUAAAAAUCCACACUUCACAGAAUCAAGUUAGAAAAAAAAGUGGUUAUUUAAUAGUGAACACCAGUCUUGAUCUGCUUACCAGCAGUGUUUGAAUAUAGGUAGGAUAAAGAAGGUUGUUUCUUCUCUUUUCUUCCACGUGUCAUGACAGGAGCCUACACUGGUAUUUUUAAGAAAAUUCAGAGCAAAAAACCAAGAAGUGGAAAAAGAAAAUGUAUUAAGAACAGCAAAAUAAUUGCAUAGUAGAAACUCCACUUGAAGUAAGUUGUGUGAGUGGCUCGUGUGAACCCUCAGUGAGUGUUGGUAUAAUGGGGCAUAAACUAAGUUUGGAGUGCUGCAGCAGGUUCCUGGUGCUUGAAAUUUUGGGCAGGGAGGAUUUUGUGGGAGUUUAGGGUGUGGAGGGUAACAACUUUAACAUUUUAGGGGUUAUUACCAGUAUUAGUAAUAUCUAGAGCAGGUGAGAUGCAGUGAAUUCCUUUGAGGCUGGAAAUAAUAAACAAGUGACAUAAUCCUGUAAAGUGUGGUAGAGUGAAGAUAAAGGUUUUGAAGAAGGAUGAUCUGAAAACAAAAUGUGGAUGUUUAAAAACUGGGAAAUGAAAAGUCCAAAGGAGCUGGAUGAAAAUAAGCCAGCUGUUUAAUUUUCUGAUUUAGAUAUACAGUUGUCCUACAGUUUUUUUUCCUAAGUUUCUUCUCAGAUCCUAGGUGUCCAAUUUCCACAUCAAUCUUAGCAAAUAUCAUAAAAAACAAACAAAAAAGUCAAAUAGAUGAAGACUUCAGUCAUUUGUUUAUGCUGAUAGCAUUUCUCUACUGAUUUUCUCAAAGCUUAUUGACUUCUGAAAACCCUGAAAAGGGCAUGGGGUAUGUUUAUGUGCAAGAUCCUCCCUGCUGUUUCCAUCCCAUCCUGCAUUUCUUGUGUCCUGAAAAGUAUUAGACCAUCUGUAUUUGGACAUGGCUCCUUCUGUGUAGCCUGAAUCUGUCAAGAGAGUUAAUGUUAAGUAUUUUUCCUCAAAUGAAGAACAACCUUAGUUUUGAUUAUUUUUUUUUUUUUAGCCCUUCUUCAAUCUUGCUUUUUCUAACUUUUUAAGAGUUGAAGACUUCUUAUGGAUAAAUCUGAACUCAUCUCCAUGGAAUAUUUUCUUUCAAAGGUGGUAAUGAGUAGGUUAAAUUUGUUAUUUGUAACUUUAAUUAGUUCACAGUAUUUGCGUUGCCCUUUGCAGGGUUAGUAUAUGAGGUGGCUAUGGUUUCUAACACCCCCUUAAACAUUUUGACAGAAGAAUAUGGCCUUGACCAACUUUGCAUUAUUUCUGUUGCUCUUGAAAAUCUGCUUUAUACUGCAAGUUGUCUUCCUCCUGCCCCCCCCUCCCCCGUACUAUAUUGUAGGCAAUUGUAAAUAGCUAAACUUUGUUUUAAGUCAUAGGGAUGUGAUUUAAGGUUUAAACAUAGUUAAAUUUUGGGUUAGCAAAUGAAUUUCUGAAUGCUUAGUAAGGAGUGCCUCAUGAGUGUUCAGGUUUAAGAGAUACUACUAAAAUAAAACUCUUUUAGAAAAAAAUCUGGACUUUGUUGUUAGUGAGCAUUCUUGAUAAGAAUUGACACAGAAUUUAGAAUUGUUUGGUUUUAGUUAAAAAUAGGUUUCUACUGCUGAAUUUUAAAUUUUCUCUAACAUCUUGAAAUAUAGAAUACCGUCUAGUGUGUUCAAAACAAAUGUUUAAGACAUGACUUAAGCAUUAUACUGAUUAAAAAGAUAUAUAUAAAGUUGAAAAUGCUAAUUAGGUUAUAUCAUUACCAGAUAAGAUUACAAGUAGAGAAUAGAGUAGAUGGAGUAUUGUUCCAGAACAGUGUUUGAGUGUGUUUCACAAAGUAGUAUUUUUGGUUGGUGAAAAAAUAUUAUUUACUUGGAAGCAUGAAGGCUGCAUAUGUAAUCACACUUGUGCAGGCAGAGUAGGUGUGAGUGUGGUUGUAAAACUUCGAACUAGGCCUUCUAAACUGCGAGACUGUCCCAAAAAGUAACAUAAUUGUAAGUCAUUGAAAGACAAACUGUGGUGUGCUUUCAGCUUUCAAAAAGCACAUCAGUUAGUUGUCUCUGGCCGCAGCAGGGACCUUACUUAAGUCGCUUCUUGUUGAUUUUGUCUAAGCAUGUGGCUGACAGUGCAAAGUAUUUGAAGAUUCCUAAUGCUGAAUUCGUUAGUAGCUAUUCAGUUGAUCCACUGUGCAUUUGCUAUUAAAUAUAGACAUAAAUAGCGAAUUCAGUUACUUAGUACUAAGUUAAACUGAAUUGACUGAAUCUGUUUAUAAAAUAGUAAGGCAUUUUGGUAGAUUCAAAUCUUGAACUGCAUAUAUAGUCCACAAAACAUUUUUUUUCUAGUUUCAGUUUUGGCACUAGAUUUUAUCCUGGAGUUUUUAAAUAUUCUUCAUCCUGUUCUUUUUCUAUUAAGGUUAAUGUUGAAGAAGGAAAAUGCGGAAGUCGCCAUUUGACAAGUUUUAUAAAUGAGAAUUAUUUGAAGCUCAGGAAUAAGUGAAGCUGAAAUUUGAAAAAAAAGAAAGUGAAUGCAUGCUAAUUAUCAGACCAGAAGUCCCACUUGUAGAAUAUUGAGCAAUUUGUGUGAAGUGGGGAAGAUGAAAGAAGUCAGAAUUUGAAACGGAAGAAUGAAGAAAAGGAAUAAAAAUGAAGUUAAGAUAAGAAGUAAUCUGGAAUCUGAAAGCACUACGCUAAGUAAUUACUAGUCUGUUUAUGUGUCCCUGUAUAUUUUGCUAAACAUGCAUGCAUUAUCUGUUUAAUAGCAAAAGUAUAUGCAGGGUAAAGAAGUGUCUACCAGGGAAAAAAAAAAAAAAAAGUUCUUAAAAAUCUAGGCAGUUCUAAUGCCAACUGCCCGGACACAUAGAUAUGAAUUUUUACCAUUUAUUUCACUGGAGCUUGUUUACAGACCUUAGGUAAACGAGAAAUUGUGUACAAAUUAGGCUUUCAAUAUCUGCGUGCAGGAAUCCCGUUCUGCUUCCAGAAGCGGAAGUGCUCAUGGGUCUGGCAAGUCGGGGAGGCACACCCCUGCAAGAUCUCGAUCUAAGGAGGAUUCCAGGCGUUCCAGGUCAAAAUCUAGAUCCAGGUCUGAAUCCAGAUCUAGAUCAAGGAGGAGUUCCCGUAGACACUACACAAGAUCCCGCUCUCGUUCCCGCUCUCACAGGAGAUCCAGAAGUAGAUCUUACAGUCGGGAUUAUCGGCGACGACACAGUCACAGCCAUUCACCCAUGUCUACUCGCAGACGUCAUAUUGGAAACAGGGCAAAUCCUGACCCAAAUUGUUGUCUUGGCGUGUUUGGAUUGAGUCUGUACACCACAGAAAGAGAUCUGAGAGAAGUUUUCUCCAAGUAUGGUCCAAUUGCUGAUGUUUCCAUUGUCUAUGAUCAGCAGUCUCGGCGUUCAAGAGGAUUUGCAUUUGUGUACUUUGAAAACGUUGAGGAUGCUAAGGAAGCAAAGGAACGUGCCAAUGGGAUGGAGCUGGAUGGAAGAAGGAUCCGGGUAGACUUCUCCAUAACAAAAAGACCUCACACACCUACCCCUGGAAUCUAUAUGGGAAGACCCACUUAUGGCAGCUCACGACGACGAGAUUACUACGACAGAGGGUAUGAUAGAGGGUAUGAUGAUCGUGACUAUUACAGCAGAUCAUACAGAGGAGGUGGCGGUGGCGGAGGAGGAGGGUGGAGAGCUGUUCAAGACAGGGAUCAGUUUUACAGGAGGAGGUCACCAUCCCCAUAUUACAGCCGAGGGGGCUACAGAUCUCGAUCCAGAUCUCGAUCCUAUUCACCACGUCGCUAUUAAAGCAUGACAUGUAGAGGAAUUUCUAGCUACAGCCUUUGAGUUGAAAUUGCAAGUUUGUGGACAAUAUUUUUAUUGUCUCUUCUGUUUAAACAAGUGAACAGUGCCUAGUGAAUAGGUGACUUUUACACCUUUGAAGACUACUUCUGUGAUGUUAAAUGCUGUUUCAUUCUGCAUAUUUGUGUAGUUUGGUGCUUUGUUUCCAGUUGUGUUUUGAAAGGAGUAUGUUUUGCAUGUAUUUUUUUAGUCUCAAUUUUGACUCCUGAAAGGUUUCUAUUGUAAAGACAAACUGUUCAGUUAGUUUUUUCUACGGAUUCCAAGGUAUUCUGAAGAUCAAAACCUGUGUAAAAUGCUUUCCAAAAGUGAAAAAUAAAAUAAAAAUAAGUUUGUUUUUUCUUUUCCUA